CUCCAGUCCACAGGAGGAGAAGGAGGUCGUUCCUGCCACAGUCAGACUGAUACAUACCAGGAUCUACAUGAGACUUAUACCUGCCUCAUACGCAUUGGACGAUCUAAAAAGGAGGAGUUCUGAAAACAAUUCAUCUCUAAUGAUGAGACAGUCUGCAUGGAGGCAGAUGACUGGGCCAGAGCUGUGGAUGGGUCUCUUUGCCUUGGCCCUGUCCCUCAGUCUAACCAUGGCUGAACAUAUGGACCAGAGGCCAGCACUACAAACCAGCCCAGUUCUCCACAGGCACAAGAGAGAGUGGUUGUGGAACAACCUUUACGUGGAGGAGGAAAGGCCAACCUACACCCAAUACUAUCUUGGAAAGUUAAAGUCAACUAAGUCUGGUUACAGGACACGCUAUGUCAUUGAAGGAGAAGGUGCCAACACAAUCUUCAAAGUGGAUGAAAAAGGAGACAUCUAUGUCACUGAACGAUUGGAUCGAGAGGUGAAAAGCACAUACCAUCUAAAGGCCCAGCUGUUUGAUACCAGCAACAACUUGGUGGAGAGAGUGGAAGAGUUUGUGAUCCUGGUUACUGACAUCAAUGACAACGAUCCAGUGUUUACUAAAUCAUUCAACGCUUCUAUCAAAGAGAGAUCCAAAAGAGGAACUAAAGUGAUAGAAGUCACUGCCACUGAUGCAGAUGAUCCAACGACUGCAAAUGGAGAACUUGCUUACAAAUUAUUAGAGGGGGGAGAUGUCUUCAAUAUAGACAGCACAACAGGGAUUAUCACCACCAAGUAUGAGAACCUGGACCGUGAGACCCAGAGUAGCUAUGUGGUUGUGGUUCAAGCCCAGGAUCUGAGAGGACUUAAACAAGGGGGUACCGCCACCACCUCUGUCACCAUCGCAGUCAGCGACAUCAAUGAUAACAUAGCCACGUUUACCAAAAGUUCCUAUGUAUUUAGUGUGAAAGAGGACAUGAAGCGGGGACAGAGAAUAGACACCAUGGUCCUGGAGGACAGAGAUGAGAUCCAGAAUAAAGACCCCAUCUUCACCCUAGCACCUUCAUCUGACAUCUUUGAAAUGGAGCGCAGUCAGACCAAAGAUGGCAACCUCUUGCUGAAACAGGGACUUGAUUAUGAAACUAAGAGCAGCUACACGUUCUUUGUGGAUGUGAGGGAGAACCACUUGCAGUCCCCUGCAGAUAAUAAGGACAAUCCAGUGAUCAAGGCCCAGGUGACCAUCCAGGUACUAGAUGUUGAUGAGCAGCCAGAAUUCAGCAAGAGCAUCUAUAACUUCAACGUGAUAGAGGAAAUGAUGGUCAAUAAUAUUGGAGUCGUUUCAGCCAGAGAUCCUGAUAAAGCCAACAAGGCCAUACGGUAUUCCAUUGAGGACAAGGACAGUCCCAUUGGUAUCAACCCCAUAACUGGACAACUUUUCACAGUGAGGAAGCUGGAUCGGGAGUAUGUAGCCAAUCACAUGUUCCAGGUUAAAGCUAAGGAGGAACCAAAUGGACUGGAAUCUUUUGUGAACGUCAACAUACUGGUCAUCGAUAUCAAUGACAACAAACCAGAGCUGUCCAUUGAAGAGAUAUUCGUUUGUGAAAAUGAUAUGGCUGGCACGGUGAUUGGGACCAUAAGUGCCACAGACAAAGAUGAUCAUUUGCCCGCAUUCAGCUUCACAUUGGUGAAGCCGAACGCCAACUUUUCAGUCAUCGCUAACAACGACAACACAUCUAACAUAGUGCUGAAACAUGGAGGCUUCAGCCUGGAGGACUCCAGGGACUAUGUAAUAGACAUUGAGAUCAGCGAUGGAGGCAGGCCUCCCAUGAGCAGCAUCACCUCUCUGCCUAUCAAAGUGUGCAGGUGUGACAACAAGAGGAUCCACACCCAGUGCAAAGCAGCCCAACUCAAAAUGGGUGUCAGUGUCCACGCCCUGAUUGCUAUACUGUUGUGCAUCCUGACUAUUCUGGUCAUAGUGAUCCUGAUUGCUAUGAGGAAGCGUCACCAGAAGGACGCCCUGGUCACUCGGGGAAAGAGUGAGAUCCACGAGCAGCUGGUGACGUAUGACGAGGAGGGUGGUGGGGAGAUGGACACCAACGGCUACGACGUGUCCAUCCUGACCUCAGCUCGGAACGACGGCAGCAUGAGCAUGAGGCAGGGCCCCAGCCUUUACGCCAUGGUGAAGAAACCACCAACAGCGUGCAAGGGAGACAUGGCCAUGAUGAUCGAGGUGAAGAAAGACGACGCUGACCAUGACAGGGAUGGGAUCCCCUACGAUACCCUGCACAUCUACGGCUACGAGGGGCCAGAGUCCCUGGCUGGUAGCCUCAGUUCCCUGGAUAGUUCCUCCACUGGCUCUAACCUUGACUAUGACUUCUUAAACGACUGGGGCCCUCGCUUCAGAACCCUGGCUGAGCUCUAUGGGGUGGAUGGGUCUGAGGGAAGUGACUCCCCGUAUUGAGCACAUUGAGCCUAAAGACCAGCAGGCAGGACGUCUCUCAGCUCUCUCAGCUCUUCCUUUGACUAAAAGCACAACGGGAUUAACUUAUUCCACUAAUCCGUCCAAUCAUAGCACACUAUGAUAGGGUCCACUCAAGCGUGUGCCAAUUUGAAGUAAUUCUCUCUUGCUUCCUCUUCUUCUACCUCCUGUUCCUCCUCUUCUUACGUCUCCUUUUUCCUCUCUUUCCCUUGUUAUUAUUAUUAUUUUAAAGAAAUCGUGUUUUAUUUCCUUUUCUUUCAUUUCAUUAAUUUCUGUCACAUGUAAAUAUGACGAUAAAGGGAAACAGAUUUGCUGUAAAGAAAACUGUUAACAUUCCACAACUGUGCUUCAUUUAUUUGUUUUACAUUUAUUUUAGGUUUCAGAGGAGAUUGAGAAAAUGAGUUUGAUUUUUUAUCUGAUUACUCACACAGAAAUCUGUAUAACUUCAUUUUGAUUGAUUGUGUUUUUUAUGGUUGACUAAACCAACUGUAGCUAUGUAGUGAGAGGUGGGCCAUUCAGUGAGUCACAGUGGCAGCCUGAGUUGUCUUUCAGACAGAAUUACCCUUCUCCUCAGGAGAUACUAUUGCACAGGGAGCCCGGCAGGAAACAAUGAUAACAGAAGCUCUGAAAGAAUUAAAGUCUAUUCCCAGUUUAUUUGACAGGACUCAUCAACACAUCAAUUGUUGUGGAUACAGCCCAGGUCUCUGAGGUCCACUGUAACAAAAGUAUUACAACCAACUCAGGAAAUGUGAAGUAUCUCAAUAGUCAUUUGGAUGAAAACAAAGUUAUCUGAAUAACUUUAACCUUUCAUCUUUGAGCUAAUGCUUCAACGUACUGCUUCAACCUACUGCUUCCAUAUCUGCUUCAACAUACUGCUUCAACAUACUGCUUCCAUAUUCUGCUUCAACAUACUGCUUCAACAUACUUCUUCAACAUACUGCUUCAAUAUACUGCUUCAAUAUUCUUCUUCAACAUACUGCUUCAACAUACUGCUUCAAUAUACUGCUUCAAUAUUCUUCUUCAACAUACUGCUUCAACAUACUGCUUCAACAUACUGCUUCCAUAUUCUGCUUCAACAUACUGCUUCAACAUACUGCUUCAACAUACUGCUUCAAUAUACUGCUUCAAUAUUCUUCUUCAACAUACUGCCUCAACAUACUGCUUCCACAUACUGCUUCAAUAUUCUGCUUCAACAAACUGCUUCAACAUACUGCUUCAAUAUACUGCUUCAAUAUUCUUCUUCAACAUACUGCCUCAACAUACUGCUUCCACAUACUGCUUCAAUAUUCUGCUUCAACAAACUGCUUCAACAUACUUCUUCAACAUACAGCAUGUGCUUCUGCUCCAUUUGCUGAAACAGCUUAAUAUAAUGAGGGCAAUCUACACAAGUUCAAGUUUAUCAUUAUCGCUAUUGUCCUUCUUGACUGAAUACAGCAAAAAGAGAGCAAAGGUUUACUCCUGUUUUCAUUUUAUUCCAUAUUAUUUAGAAUGUGGACUGUUUGUUGUAUACUGAAGCUUUGAAUACUUGGGACCACCUCUCAUAAACUAUGGAUACAAUAUGUGGAAGCCAUCUUACCACUUUCCUGUCUGGAUCAUAUACAUGGAGGGCUGGACCUCCAUCCUUUUUCAAACACCGGAGUCCACCCCUACACAUCACCCAAACAAAACACUGGAAUCAGCUUCCUGCACAUAUGUGUGUGAGGAAGUCCUCUUCCUGUCCUGUUAUCUUUUAAAGUAAAGCAACACAUUGCGGCCCGCUUCCUGUUUUCCUGCCUGGGAAAAACCUUUUGGAGAGGGCAAAAUAGAUAGAGAACAAUGCAAGAGCCAUGAUGACUUUAACAACAGGCAACAUUUCAUUUCAUUGUCGACCAUCUACCAAAGAUCAGUAUGGUGAAACCUCAGCUUACAAUAGUUUCCACUGGUAAACUGUUCUGUAAUGUUAUGUCUCCAGUACUCCAUUUCUAUAUAACAUACCUGAUCUACUUCGGUCCAUGCUAUUAAUAAUCAUUGUCUGCUCACAAUUCUAUUCUAUUUCACAAGCUCUUACUGUUAGUGGUGCUCUGUAUAAUCAUCUGUAAACCUUACGGACUAUUUUUCAAUGGCACUAAGUAACUUGGCAAUACGGGAUCCAUGUUAUCGAGAUUGUGAGUACUGGAAAUAUAGUUGUCUACAAUGUAUAUAGAAAAUGUGCCUGAAUAUUGAUAUUGGCCUCACUUCCUUUUGCGUUAUUUCAAAAUGAUUUUACUUGACACUGGUCUUUGUCAGCUGAAAGUGUAAAAUAUGUAGUCUUUUUUUACACUUGUAGUUUAAUUGAUGUGUAAUUGUGCAUUGAUUGAUACUGUAUGUAGGUGUGAGUCUACCUGUGUAAAUACACUCCAGUGGGUGUCAGUAUUGGGCACCAAAAUGAGAAGAGAAAACAUUCAAAUGCAUUUCUUUUGUAUGCAGCUAGAUUAUUCUGUAGGGGAGCAAUAUGUGCCUUGGUUUAUGAUCAUUCUCACGAUGGUGAACACAAUCUUUUCUAAGGUUUGUAUUGUGUAAAACGUUUUAUUAUGUACCAAUUUAAUAUGUGUAAAAUAAACGUAGCACUCAAAUGA